GGACAUCUGCGAAAACGAAGUGCACCAUGACCUCUGUUUGGAAGAGACUUCAGCGUGUGGGCAAGAGGGCAUCAAAGUUCCAGUUCGUCGCGUCCUACCAAGAAGUUACGGUCGAGUGCACGGACAGGUGGCAACCAGACAAACUGAGAGUGGUGUGGACACGGAGGAACAGACGUGUCUGCUCUAAGCUUCACGGAUGGCAGCCAGGCAUCAAGAAUCCAUACAGAGGAACGGUGGUGUGGCAGGUGCCAGAGAAUGUGGAAAUUACUGUGACGCUGUUCAAGGAUCCGAAUGCUGAUGAAUUUGAUGACAAAGAUUGGACGUUUGUCAUUGAAAAUGAGACGAAGGGUCAUCGGAAAGUUCUAGCCUCAGCAGAUGUAAAUAUGAAAAAGUAUACCAGCGCCGCCACGCCCCAGUUUGAGCUGAUGCUCAAAUUCAAGCCGAUGUCUGUGAAGGUGGUGGAGGCCACGCUCAAGCUCACGCUCACGUGCAUUUUCCUUAAAGAGGGCAAGGCCACUGAUGAGGACAUGCAGAGCUUAGCCAGUCUAAUGAGCCUCAAGCCGUCAGACGUGGGUAACCUGGAUGACUUCAAUGAUAGCGAUGAGGAGGACAGGAAACAAAGCACCAAUGGAAGCCCAAGAACGGCCGCCACAGCUCCUGUCAGAAGAGUCCAUGAUCAGGCAUGGAGGCCUGCUACAGACACACCUCCUGCCAUCACAGUUCAUUCUGAUAUGGAAUGGACAAGUCCUUUAACCAUUGCUCCCGGCGUUCCUCUGACCCACCCUGCUGUCAGUCCUCCUCUCCCUGGCCUCUCUCUUUCCCACAUCCAACCGCCCCAUCAGAUUCGCCCCUCCCCCUACGCCUUCACCAUCCCUGCUUUUACCCGUGCACAUCCUCCUGCCCUGCCCAAAAUCUUCCAGCCAUCAGCAGGCUCAGUGCCUGUAUGCACCUCUCGAAGGCCCACGGGGGGCCAGGCUGACUCUGGCAUGAUGGAGGCCAGUAGCUGUGCGGAGGUCGCUGCACUCUCACAUCCGCGCCCCUUCACCUCCACCUUUCCUGCUCCCAGCACCCCUGCUUUCUCUUUCUUCUCCACCUUCUCUUCCUCCCUCGCUCAGCCAGCUCCUCUGCCUGAUACUGCUCAGACGGGACCCUGCAGACCUCAGAGUCUCCCCAUUUUGCGGCCCCACCCUUCAGCCACGAGCCCCGCCUCUUCUAGUGUUGGCUCCUCCCAUCCUGGCUUUAUACCACUCCCUCCCUUACGCCCUAUAAAAACGUACCGCAUGUCAUUGGCUGAGCCAGGUUCUACCCUCACCAGGCCCACUAGUAUGCCCUCUGCUACUGAGACAGCAUCAUGGCAGAGAGAGUGGAUGUCCCCUGCAGUAAAGCCCAGUCUCUGUCCGACUCCUGCUGGUUUAACAGAACCUGUCCGUCAGCAGCCAGUGCAGAGCUCUGAGGCACUACGCCGGCCUGCUUCCACUUCAUCCCUCCCCCCAGCUGUAGCCCCUCCGCCUAAAAAAUCCACUCCCUUCAUGUGUGCUCCCCGCUCACUGAAUGCACCUCAUCCUAAUUUGUCCUCUUCCCAAGUGCAUUCCCUCACCCCCGAUGGGUCUUUGAAAUCAAUGGACGCUGUGCCCUCUACUCUAGCUCCUCCUCCAUGCCUAACACCUCCCAGUGUGCCUCAGCUUUCUUUGGCACGCCCAUUCGAGGUUGUUGUCCCUGCUUCCUGUUCCUUGCCCUGUUGCCUGGCACCUUCUCAACCCCAGCCGCCUGCCUGUUCUUUUUCUGCUGCCAAACCUCCCCCCGAAUGCCUUCCCCUCCGUUCCUCAUCUUCACCCUCUGAUCCCUUGAUGGCCGCUGCUGAUGUGUCACCCAGUAGCUCACCCACGCCUCACCCCCCUGUUUCUGCUAUGCUGUCAUCUCUCCACCUUGCUGUCUCUACUCGUUCCCGGUCAGCUGCUCCUGUUGGUACCCCUGUACCUCCGACCGCCACCCUUCAGCCAGACCCUUUCCGUGGGAUUCAGACAUUAGAAUGGAGGCACCAGGUUGUUCCUACCGUGGUUAGACCCAACCUACGCAGACCUAGAGUACCUCUUACUGUAAAGACCCCCACCUCUCCAUUUCCACUCUCUCCUCCUAUGACCUCCCCACUCCCUCCCCUGGCUCCCCCUGGCUCUGACUUUCAGCCUCAAACUACCGAUGCCCUCUCCCCUACGGGACAUGCCCCUGUACCUCCCUCUGAUACAUGUAAAGAGUCAUAUAGACAGCUGAGCGUGUUAACAGAGGAGGAAUACCCCAGCACAGUAUGUCCUGGUGGGGGAAAAACAGAUACCAAAACAUCAAAUGGCCCUCAAAACACUGACUUGAGACCUUCCCCGCGCAAAGCUAGAAGCAUCAAUGUAGCAUGUCACAGACCUGAUCACAUGGAAGACAAGCAGUCAUUGCUGACUCAUAAUGUGACAAAGCAGGAAGGAGAAUCACCAUUUGGAUUACAAGUCAUGAGGCCAGAACCAGGAACUGAGAGCAAGGUUUCGCUACUAUCCUCUAACUCUAAAGCUACCAGUAUCUACCAAGUCAAAUAUUUUGAGUUGCCUAAACCAGAGAGGGGUGUAACAAAGAGCAGUUCUCCCAUCUCAGUUCCUCAAACUACGCUGACAUCUGUCGUAGCAACAGAGCCCACUGCCCCCUUGGCUGAGGUCAAGUGCACCAUGUUACAAGAGUCAUCAGAUGCACAGUCAGCAAUAUUACAGGGAAAACAAGAUAAUGUCAUCCCUGAUAAAGAGGAGACCCCUAAGCCACAAAAUUGGUCCAAAAAUAUUCACCAAGUACAUCAGCAUGAGCAAGCAAUGAACCUGAAUGUUGAAACAGAGUUGAGCCAAGAAAAGACUAAAAUGGAUCAGCGAGCCAAAAGCAUGACUGCUUAUCUGCCCAUUUGUCCCAUAAUGCCCAUUUCUCAUUGGUCACCAUGCACAUUGGAACUUGAUACAUCUGAGAAGCAAGACUUGCCAGUCAGCAGGUCAGUUAGAAAAAGCCAAGAGAUCAGUAUUCUUUCCACAGACAACUCUGAAUCAAAUCUGGAGGAUGUGGCUGUGAAAAACAUUGUGGACUUGCCAAGAUGUUCUGAUGAUGUCCACAUGUUACAAUUUGCACAGCGGGACAAUGCAGAUAAAGAGCAACAGCCACUUGAUGCUGAACAACAUGUUAUUUCAUCCUAUGCAAAAGCAUCACAUGUUAUGGACAUCACAUGUUCAAAUGAAAAUACUAGUAAUGAAAUAAAUUCAUCUUAUAGGUCAAAGCUUGAGGAUUUCCAUAUGUAUGGAAUACCAUGCAUGGUAAACAUUUUGCCGUCCUGUCCAAGAACUACACUCAUUGCUGGCUUACCAUCCUUAUUUUUGCCAGAAGAAACAUCCAAAUGGCCAUUAUUUGAGGGAUCAAUGACUGCAACACCACUUAGUGAGAAACCAGCUAAACUUAUUCAUAACCUGGGAAAACAGCAUCAUGGCAUGAAAAUAGUGAGAAAAAUGAUUUCACUGAGGUCAGCUUGCCCAAGAUCUGUCAGUAUUCCUGGAUUUCCAUCUGUUCCAUUUUACACUGUGGUUGUAGCAAACAUGACUUGUUUUCUUUCAACUUGUCCAGAAAUCUCAAAGGUUUUUGGAUUACCUUCAAGACUACCAGUCACUAUAUCAGAAGCUGAUAACUGGCACAAAAAUAAUGUGGUCUUAUGGGAAAAGAAACUGAAGUGUAAAGCACAUAUUUUGUCCAAAUAUCCAGAGAAUUUGGAUAUGUCUAAAGUAAUAUUUCUUAUGAGACCAGCUUGCUCAACAGUGUCUAGGGUCUCUGGAUUUCCAUCUGCUAGCAGAUCUAGACCACAAGAACAUACAGGUACAAUAAAUAUAUCACAGUCUUGUCCAGUGAUUUCCAGUAUUGCAGGAAUUGCUUCUAAAGUGUUUCUCAUUGCUGACCAAGGUGAUGAACACUGGCAGUCUCACCACAGGAUGUCAUUAUUUGUAAUGCCAAAAAAGAAUUUAGUAAAAUUAAUUCUUGACAUUGGAAGUCCAUACCAUGAUAUUAGACUAAUGAGAAAUAUGGUGUCAUUGAGACCAACAUGCCCACCUGCUGCUAUUGCUCCUGGUUUUCCAUCUGUACCAGUCUGUGUUCAUGAAGUCCCAAAUAUGAUUAAUUUUCUUCCAACUUGUCCCACAACAUCAAAUGUUUUUGGUCUGCCUUCAAGAUGGCUGGUUAUCAAGCCAGAUGAAAACAAAUGUACGUACAGUUUGAUCUUGUGGGAAAGACAGCUAAGAAAAGUGUCACACAUUCUUUUAAUAUCCACAGAUAGCCUAGAAACAGCUAAAGCCAUGAUUCUAAUGAGCCCAUCAUGCUCAACAAAGCCAGGUAUUACUGGAUUUCCAACUGCCCCAAAAUAUAUACAUCAGAAACACCCAAGUAUUGUGAAUAUGUUAACAUCUUGCCCAAACCAAUCCAAAAUGCGAGGAUUCCCAUCCAAAAUGGUUCUACAAACAGAUCAAGAAGUAAUUCAACAAUGGAGAGCAAACAAAAAUAUAUUAAUUGGAAUGACAAGGAAGGAAAAGUUGGACAUUAUUUUACAUGAAGUUAUGGACAACAUUGAUUUAAAAAAUAUUAUGGUGGCUUUAGCUCCAACAUGUCCAAGAAAAGCACAUGCCCCUGGCUUUCCAUCUGUACCAACACAGAAUAAGGAGAACUCACACAGUAUGAUAAGACUUCUGACUUCCUGUCCAAAGGCUUCUUGUGUCCUUGGAAUAUCUUCCCUUAACAGAGAAUCUGCUUCUUUUGAUGUAUGGCUAAUGAACACUGAGCCGUUUUGGGUCAAAGAAAUGAGCAAUCAUCUAUACUUUUCCAAGCUUUUAUAUCCACCUCAAUAUGAAUUUCCAGAUGAUGAACAUAGCAUAAAAAACAUGCCUUUAUUGGUGCCAUCUUGCCCAAGAAAAGUAAAUUUGCCUGGCUUUCCAUCUGUCCCAAAGCCUAGUCAUCAGAAACACCCAGAUAUUGUGAAUAUGUUAGCAUUUUGCCCAAACAAAUCCAUAAUUGUUGGAUUUCCAUCCAUAUUGGUUCAAAGAACAGACCAAGAUGUAAUUCAACAAUGGAGAUCCAACAAGACUACAUUAAUUAGAAUGCCAAAGAAGGAAAAGUCUCACAUGGACAUUACUUUAUCUGAAGUUAUGGACAUAUUGAAAGAAAACAUUCAUGUCAAAAAGACUAUGUUAACCUUAGCUCCAACAUGUCCAAGAAAAGCAAAUGCCCCUGGCUUUCCAUCUUUACCAACACAGAAUAAAGAGAACUCACACAGUAUGAUAAGACUUCUGACUUCCUGUCCAAUAGCUUCUUGUGUCCUUGGAAUGUCUUCCCUUAACACGGAAUCUGCUUCUUUUGAUGAAUGGCCAAUGAUCACUGAGCCAUUUUGGGUCAAAGAAAUGAGCAAUCAUCUAUACCUUUCCAAACUUUUAUAUCCACCUCAAUAUGAAUUUCCAGAUGAUGAACAUAGCAUAAAAAGCAUUGCUUUAUUAGUGCCAUCUUGCCCAAGAAAAGUAAAUUUGCCUGGCUUUCCAUCUGUCCCAAAGCCUAGUCAUCAGAAACAUCCAGAUAUUGUGAAUAUGUUAGCAUUUUGCCCAAACAAAUCCAUAAUUGUUGGAUUUCCAUCCAUAUUGGUUCAAAGAACAGACCAAGAUGUAAUUCAACAAUGGAGAGCCAACAAGAAUGCAUUAAUUGGAAUGCCAAAGAAGGAAAAGUCUCAAAUGGACAUUAGUUUAGCUAAAGUUAUGGACAUAUUGAAAGAAAACAUUCAUGUCAAAAAGACUAUGUUAACCUUAGCUCCAACAUGUCCAAGAAAAGCAAAUGCCCCUGGCUUUCCAUCUUUACCAACACAGAAUAAAGAGAACUCACACAGUAUGAUAAGACUUCUGACUUCCUGUCCAAUAGCUUCUUGUGUCCUUGGAAUACCUGCCCUUAACACAGAAUCUGCUUCUUUUGAUGUAUGGCCUAUGAACUCUGAACCAUUCUGGGUCAAAGAAACAAGAACUCAUCCACACAGUUCUAUACUUUUAUAUCCACCUCAAUAUGAAUUUCCGGAGGAUGAAGAUCACAUAGAAAACAUGGCUUUAUUGAUGCCAUCUUAUCCAAGAAAAGUAACAUUUCCUGGCUUUCCAUCUGCACUAUGGCUCAUAUCAAAACUUGUUGAAACCCAUGCCUCUACAUUGUUAGAAUCAGCUAGCAUCUCUAGCUUUUCCUUGACACAUGUUGAAGACCCUACAAAAAUUCCAAAGAAUGAGGGAAUCACUCCAUCAAACAAAUAUAUUUAUAAUCAUAGACAAAGUGUAAAGAUGGAACAUUCAGCAGACAGAAUAACAGUAUUAGAAAAGACUUAUAAGAAUGUGACUAAAUGGGAUCCUGUUUCAAUGGAGGAGACCAAAGAGGAUAUGGGCUUUUGGGCAAGAAGUGAUGAAAAAGAAAAGGGAAUUCUGGAGAGUGGGAAAAUACACUGCAAAAUGUGGCACUCCAAUCCUCCAGAUAUGCCACUCUUACUUACUGCAAGGGAGAGAUUUGAAAAUACAAAUGUUGAGAUCCUAAAUAUGAAGGACUCUGCAGGUAUAGGCAAUGAGUAUGCUGAUUAUGAUCAUUCUAGGCUUGGCGACCUAAAACAAAAACCAGAAGAAUUCACAUACAAAUAUGACGGUGAAAAAGAGACAUUGAAAGAUAUAAGUAACCUGGUCCCUUCGAUGAGUAAAAGUCUAUUUAAAGGACCACAGGCAGAGUGGUUACCAAGCAUGGUGGAUCUCUUUCCAUUAUGUCCAAAAGUUUCUAGAGUACCUGGAUUUCCAUCUACAGCUUUGUCUAACACUUCUGUGACAGAGAUGAUGGACUGGCCCAUAAAUACGUGUACAUUAUGGCAGAAACAAAUGGUACCAGUAGCUACCACUCUGUCUACACCAUUUAUGGGAAGACCUGAGUAUGAUACAAAAAUGAUUGAAAACAUGCUAUCUCUGGCUUAUUCAUGUCCCAGUAAAACAGGUAUUCCAGGCUUUCCAUCCACUGAGAGGCCCAGAGUUUUAGAAAUAUCAUCCAUUAGCUUAACUUGCCCAGAGAUAUCAAGAGUACCUGGUCUACCUUCAAGAUCUACAGCUCAAGAGGACAGGUCUCAUGUAGAAUGGCUGAACAUGAAAAUGCAUUUUGGAGAGAAGCAGUCAAAAGCAGUCAAAGCAGUCUUUACAACAACUAGACCAAUUCAGUAUACUGAGAUUUCCAUGAUAAUGGCAGAUAUUGUUCCAACAUGCCCUAGGAGAGCACUUAUUCCUGGUUUUCCAUCUGUAUCAUAUGCUAAAGGAAGAGAUAUCCAGGUGCCAAGUGUGGAAAUCCUUGCUUCAGCUGGCUCACUAGAGGCUACCUUUGAUGGAUGCACUUUGCAGGAUGAUACUGAAGGAUUACAUGGGAUGCCUAAGGAGACAUCAAGUGAUAUCACAGCAUCAAAAGGACAUCUUAGUGAACCAUACAAAGAAGACACAACUGAAAUGGUAGGGUCUUGUUUUCCACCAGAAGCUCAGGUAGCUGGAUUCCCCACUGCACAAGUUGAAGCUCAAGUAGUGACAUCUAUGUCAAAUCUCCAUCCAUCAUUUCCACUUACCUCUAGGAUUCCUGGAUAUCCAUCUAAACAGGACUGUAAAGAAGUUGAAUGGUUCAUUGAUCCAAUUUUGAGAAAGUCACUGAAGGAAAAAAGACUUAUUAUUGAGAGUGUUAAGAAUAUAGAGUAUAUGAGAAAUAGUAUAUCUUUAUUACCAACCUGCCCUCUUGUAGCAUGUAUUCAGGGUUUUCCAUCUGCACAACCUAAAUGUCAGAGAGGGCCAAGAAUGCAAAACAUUCACCCUUCUUGUCCAGUGCUGUCCCAAAUAGUUGGAUGUCAGAGCAUACAGAUUUCUUUAUCAUCAGAUUGGCCAACCAACCAAACCAUUAUGUGGGCUAGGCAAACAAAAAAGUCACCUGUCAUAACUAUGGCAAAAGCGAACAAAGAAAAUCUUGAAAGAAUGGUUGCUUUGGUGCGAAGCUGUCCAUCAAAAACCAGAAUUCCAGGUUUUCCAACUGUACCAGAACCAAAAAUGCAAAAUAUUCUUUCCUCUUGCACCAAGAGAUUCAACAUUGUUGGAUUCCCUUCUAAAGAAGAAACAACACAUUUAGACUGGUUUGCUGACAGAAAACUGUGGUUCAGUGUACCUAAACACAAGAUCGCUGUUGCUUCUAGCUUCCCUUCAGGAAAUUCUCUAGUCACAGUGGCAUCAUCAUGGUCAGUUCAGGAAAAGCCAAUAUGGAGUGAGUCAGUAAAAGAGAGAUCAGUGUUGGUUACAAGCAUAACUAAUAUUUCUGAAAGAUCUAUAAAGAUGGUUUUACUUGUACCAAUGUGUCCUGAUAAGGCUAGGAUUCCUGGAUUUCCGUCUGCAAACAGGCUCAGAAAAAUGGAGCACACAAUGACAGCCCUCUUAUCAUCUUGCCCAAAUGUAUCAAGUAUUUCUGGAAUGCCAUCUAGGAAGCAAAUAACUCAAUAUCUUACUCAAAUCGAAAGUAUAAUGCCUUAUUUGCCCUCAAUUUGGGAAAAACCUCUGAAGACAAAACCAGAUGUCAUUGUCUCUACAUUUCCUACAAUUCAAGAAAAAACAAAUAUGUUUGCUUUGGUGCCUUGUUGCCCAAAUGAAACAAGAAUCCCUGGAUUCCCAUCAAAACCUGCAAUGUCUCAUGAAUCUGUACAAACCUAUCUGUAUGUAACAUCAACUGUAAUAUCAGCCUCUAGUCCAACCCAGACCCAAAUGGAGUUUGUAGCUGAUUCAAAUGUUACCCAGCUUAGGGUAUCAGAAUGGGAUCUAACAAUGGACAUCAAAAGAGCUGAUAAACCCUUAGAGAUAAGAAAGGCUGAAGAAACAUUCACGCUUAAUGGCAGAAGUCCUCAGGAAAAAAAACAGUUCCAGGAAGAUGAAACUGUGAAGACGUCACCUUCAAGCAAAACCCAUGAUACUACAGAUUUAUCGGAGACUGAUAUAAGAUCAGGAUGGGACAUACUGGAGGCAGAAGACUAUUCUGCAGAUGAAGAGAGAUCUUCAGGUUUUGUCCAGACCAUUUUUGGUGUUUUUCAUAAGGGUUAUGAGACAGUGGCUGCCAUGUUGCAGCCCUCUGGUUCUGGAACGGUUAUAGAUGAUCCGUUUCCUGUUGAAGACCCCUCUUCUUCAGUGGAUCCUGACUACACCACUGCUGUUAAGGCCAAAGUGUCUCUGAGUGAACCAGCUGAAGAGCCAGUUCUGCAGACAGCACUAAAUGUAUCUCCAGCUCAGCUUGAAGAUUUGCCUUCAAGCACUGAGCCAUACAGUUGGCAUUUGGCUGAUGGUCGAUCUGAGUCAUCUUUGUCCUCUAAAGAUGCUGAAAGCUGGUUUACUGAGGUUGGAGAAUAUAGCCUGAUGAAGAAGUGGCCCCCACUAUCUGAGGCUGACUUACAUUUGAUUACCAAAGAGGAGGUAGACCACACAAUUAUGGACCCUUCAACUCAAGAGAGCAAAGCAACUCUCAAAGAGCAGUAUUUUUAUUUCAACAAGAAAAGUAAAGAAGAGCUCUUAAAUAAGCCAAUCAAGGAAGAGUUGGAAACAACCAUAUCACCAUCAUUUUUGAUAGUGAAGGGGACUCAGAAUCAUAGUGCCCAAGAUGUCUAUGUGUUCACCCAGCCUGCAAGUAGCAAGGGGGAUGAUAUAAUGGUCUCCCCACAAAAACCUUCAGAGGAUGGGAAUGAAGAGAUAUCCAUUUUUAAAUCAAAUCAUCUAGUACCACCAAAGCGAACUAGGAGGAAAGAAGGUGUUCAAGGGCCUCCUCAGACAUUAGUUGCUGAUGACCCACAGCCCAUUGCAUCUUGUUCUGAUUUAUCAAGUGUUGUAGCUUCUCACAGUAAGAAAAAUGGUAACACAACUGGGGAGAAUUCUUGCUUUGAGAGUAUCUUGGUUGUACAACAGACUAACGAUAUACCAGACGUAACACAGAACAUGCAAAUGGGCAGUGCUGAAUCAGUCAUGGAGUCUAAGGUGAUAGACAAAGAUGUCAUGCCUUCAUCUGUGAAACAGUCUCUAGCAACUACAGAGGAAGAUUCUGCAGCUAAAAACAUUGUACAGAGUACUGCAGAUUUACCUGUCCCAAAGCCUCGGGUGAAGAAGCGUCUGAGUGCUACUUUCCCUGAUAAUUUCACAGUUCCAGAGGAUAUUUUGGAAACUAGGACACAUGAAAUAAAUAUACCUACUAAUAGGAUUUGCACAUCUUCCACUGAAAUGCAGGAAGAACCAGUGUCAGGCUCUCCCCAGGAACUGAUACCAUUAUGGUAUGGCAAGAGAAGAGAAACUAUUCCUGCUUUACAUCCGAAAGAUCUAUCCUCAGAAACAGGUAGUCAGUAUGUUGAAUUAUUCCCAGCAAAGGAAUUAGUUGCUUCUCAGAGUGAUGAGUCAAAUAAUCCUCAGAUGAGUGGAAUUGUUAGGAUUAGCAGUGGUGAAAGUGAAACUGGAAUGAUGAAGAACUCUCAGCCCUCUGCAAUUUUCACAGGAGAAAUCUCUGACUCUGAGAGGGUCUCAAAAACCGAGGCUGUCGUAGAGCAGGAAGUAAAACAAGAACCUGAGCAAAUUGCCUGUCAAUUUGAUGUUUCUGAAGAUGGAUCAAAAGUCAAGCCAACAGAUCUUCUAGUCCCAAUGCCAUGGGUAAGGAAACGAUUCAGCGGUUCAUUUAAUGAAAAUUGUCCAUCUGAGUCAGCCUACCCUCCAUGUCUAACAGAUGAAGUUGACAGAGCAGCCCAUCAAGAAAAUCAUGACUCCAAUUUGCCUGUGCCAUUUCCCCGAGUGAAAAAACGCCUCAGUGACUCAUUUAUGAAAGAAAUCCCUGUUUCUGAUCCAGAGAAGACAUCCCUUCCUGUUCUAGUUCCACGUUCAAAGAACCGACUCAGUGCUAACUUUCCAGGUAACAGUGCUUCUGGGGAUGACCACCCUUUCUCCUUGAUGGACCCAACUGAAAACAAACCUUGUUUCCCUUCAGGAAAUGAGUCUUCAUUGAAUAAUUUACCAGUGCUGUCAAAUGAGAGUGUCAAAGGCCUUGAGCAAAUGGAGAGGGACUCAUUUGACAGCCGUUUAACUCCUGAGAGAAAGGCUACUGAGCAUCCAGAACUUCCAUCCACAACUCAUGAAACCAGCAGUCACUCUUUUAAUGAGGUUGUUGAAGGCACAUCUGGAGAGGGUGCCAAAGCUAAAGCUUUGAGUGAGACAAAAACAAUCAGUGUUCUUCACAAUAAGCACAAUGUGGAAGUCAAAGAGAAGCAGUCCAGUGAGAAAAAUCAGGAAGUAGACAUAAACUUGAAUGUUAUUGAAGAGGACAAAGUAGAGGAUAAGAGUGUUUUGGGCACUGUUUCUUUAGAGACUGCCAUUGUCUUAGAUUUACAGAGGCAAGAAUCUGCAGAAGGUUCAGAUCUGCCUGUCCCAGUGCCUCGGGUAAAGAAACGUCUAAGUGCAUCAUUGCCAGAAAACACCACAUCUGCUUCAAAUGAUCUGGCCCAUCAGGAAGGGGCUUCUACUAAGAGCAAGAGGAAACCAGAGACAAAAUCUCUGGACCAUCAACAAAGUUCCCCAGAUGACACUGCUUUGGCAGAGAUGGUAAGCCUUGUGGAUUCCAGCCAGUCUCUUCUACAGUGGUGCCAACAGGUCACACAAGGUUACAAGGCAGUGAAGAUCACAAACUUCAGCACCUCAUGGAGAAAUGGGCUUGCUUUCUGUGCCAUUCUACAUCAUUUCCACCCUGAUAAAGUGAAUUAUGAAAUGUUGGAUCCUUAUAACAUAAAGCAAAACAAUAAAAAGGCCUUUGACGGCUUUGCUGAACUGGGCAUCUCCAAACUAAUAGAACCUUCCGACAUGGUGAUGCUGGCUGUGCCUGACCGGCUCAUUGUCAUGACUUACCUCAACCAGAUCCAAACACAUUUCACUGGCCAGCAGCUCAGUGUGGUGCAUAUUGAACAAAACAGCAGUGAGUCUAGUUAUGCUGUGGGGGACAAACUACAUGACUCAGACCCUGAGGCUGCUGCUCGUUACUGUGCAGAAAGGCUCCAAGCCAGCUGCAUUGCCCAGGAGACCAAUGGGGAUGCCCCUGACAAAUGCGUAAAGGGGGAUUCUGAUGCCAGUGGCGCCGUGGUGCCACCACCUCGAACCAAGCGGAGUCAUGGGAUUAGCAGUGCUGGUGACUCGGCGGGAGCCCAAGGUCCAGUGCCUCCACCAAGGACUCACUAUUCUUCCAGCAAGGGUUUUGCUCGUCUCAAGGAUGCAGAUUUGGUGAAGAAGCACCGCUCUCAGCUGAGAGGGGAGUCUUUCGAUGAGGGUGAUAUGUCAGAGAAGCAGACUGGCACAGAGAGUGCGUCAGAUUAUGCUGAGAAUGGAGAAGCCCAAAGACAAGCAGGAUCACCAGAAUGUGCUGAAGAAGCAAUUGCACGUGAUAACCAGGACAUCAGUCAGUAUGUCCUCAGUGAGAUGCAGGCUCUUGAGACUGAACAAAAGCAGAUCGACUACAGGGCUGGUAUUGUGGAGAGGAAACUAAGAACUCUUAUGGAGUCUGGCACUGAUCGUGUGGAGGAAGAGAAAUUGAUUCAGGAGUGGUUCACACUGGUUAACAAAAAGAAUGCCCUAAUAAGGAGACAAGAUCAUCUCCAGUUACUGCAAGAGGAGCAGGAUUUGGAGAGGAAGUUUGAACUGCUUAAGCAAGAACUUAGAGAUCUCAUGGCUGUUGAGGAUUGGCAGAAGACCCAGGCACAUAAAACUAGAGAGCAGUUGUUGCUACAAGAGCUGGUUUCUUUGGUCAACCAGAGGGAUGAGUUAGUGCACAACAUGGAUGCCAAAGAGAGAAAAGCACUGGAAGAAGAUGAAAGGCUGGAACGAGGCUUGGAGCAGAGACGUAGGAAGUACAGCAGUCGGAAAGAGAAGUGUGUAUUACAGUGAGGGAACCUAUAGCAAUUUUAGUGACCUAAAGCAAGUGAAUAAAUAGGAUAAAUGAGGUGCCAUCACCUCCAUGCACCGUGCCAAGUGAUAAGAUACUGUUUGUUAACACCGCAUAACAAGAAACAACAAAGAGGAGAAAGCCGAAUGUUGUCUUAUGGUCUUUGUAUCACACUAAAAAGCAGAGAAAUCGAGGAGCCAUAUCAGACUGUGGGCAUUUCUUGUCCUGUUAUGCCUCAAAUAGAUUACGCGGUUCCUUUUUGUCAUUGAGAAGAUUUGUGGAACCAACAGAAAUUGGUAUUUAUAAGUUUAUAAAAUUGGAAAAUGAUACUUUGUAUUUUGCAGUUUACAUAUUGCAUAUAUUUUAAUCAAAAUGCGACAUAAGUGUAGAUGUUUGCUUUAAAAUUGUAUCUUCACAAACAUCACAUGACAUUUUUACCUACAAACCAAGCACCAAGGCUUAAAUAUUACAAACUAAGACAAAUGUUUCACUGGAAAAUGUAUUAUAUUUGUGAAGAACAGAGUAGCUACAAUUCUAUUACAAAUCUGUAAAACUAAAUCCAGGCCCAUUGUGUCUGCUAUCAUACAAUGUUCUGUUACACAAGAGACUACCACAGACAAAAAUCUGUAUGCUCAGCAAAGGAACGCAUGGAGAAGUGUGAGAAUCUGUUUACUGAAGAUGUAGAAAGGGGGAUAAAUUAAUUUUAGCUAUUGCAUGAUCCGAUAAAGCAUAUUUUAGUGUUAUGAUCUUUUGGUUACUUUGUAGAUUUGCAAACCACACAAACAAAUACAACAAAUAUCCCCAAAGCAGCAAUCCUGCUCUCUCUCUUCAUAGGUUGAUUUGUUUAAAGUUUAAAGAUGCAAUCUGGUAACUGUGUGCUAAGAGUGGAUAAGAUAAGAGUGGGCCUUUGGUUAGAAACUAAGUAUUCUGCAGAUGAGCCUUAAACUCUACUUAAGCACCUCCAAGGUUUACUUCCACGGCAGGUGUUUCUAAUAAGGCGGCUGUUGAGUGUAAAUGCCAUACUGUUAAGUAUACCCAAGCACUGCUCUUGAAACAUGUUGCAUUUAAAAGAUUUAUUUCACUUCAGUAAUGUUUUUUUUUUUGUGCUUUGUUUAUCAUGUGCAGUGUUUUCAAAGAUAUUUGAUUCUAUACAUUGCAUUUCUGGCAACUCACAUGGCCAGAGUGUGUCAGGCAAAAUAGGGGCAGAUGCAUGACGUUGUCAUAAACCUGUGUUUCCUCAGAAAGUUUCUGAAAUACAGUAUUAUUUAUGGAACCCUUAAAAAUACUACUGGUAGAUGGGUAGAUAAUUAUUGUGCGUGCUGUUCUGUGAAUGUGUCUGAUUUUGAUUUCAUUCUUUUAAGAUGUGUUGGUCCUGAGGGAUUUUGGCUUUAUGUUAAUCCAGAAUUACUUCACGUCUUCACAUACUGCACUGUUAGAGUUGCACUAUCCAGACACCUGCUUUAGAAAUAAAAUGUAUUUUAGAUGUGU